GAAUCAUCUACAGCUUUAUUAAGACCACAGGGCCCAAUACAGACAGCUGCAACUUGUUCGUCUCUCACAAUGCAGGUCCCUAGUUUUCUACCCGCAAGUGUCACUGGGUUUCUGGCUAUCUUCUCUCGCUCCAGCCCGGACACUCCAGCUAUCACCGGGAAUGUCAGUACAGCCGCGCCAGCGCAGCUACCACAGAAAAUCGACAUCCAUCACCAUUUCCUAACAGACGACUACCGCCUGGCCGUCGAAGAUGCAGGCGGUGACCCAACCGGACUCCCUCUCCCCGCCUGGACCAUUGAAGACUCCCUCAACGACAUGCAAACCAACGGCGUCCGAAAAGCCAUCCUAUCCGUAACCACCCCCGGCGCAGUGAUCACCGGAAACAACGACACCGCUCGACCACUGGCCCGACAAAUCAACGAAUACGCCGCUAGCAUCCGAGACCAAUACCCGGAGCAAUUCGGCUUCUUCGCUGCCCUACCCUCCCUCCUCGACGUCGAGGGCACUCUCGCCGAAAUCCAAUACGCCCUUGACGUCCUCAAAGCCGACGGCGUCACCGUAUUCACCCGCUACGGAGACGGGAAUUACUACCUAGGCCAUGCGCAAUUCACGCCCAUCUGGACGGAACUGGAUGCUCGGAAAACAGUCGUCCAUAUCCAUCCCACCAUGCCCGUGGACACGAACUGGAUUGAUCCCAUCAUGCCGCCCCCGAUGCUCGAUUUCCCGCAAGAGUCGACCCGCACGGCGGUGGAUAUGAUCGUGAGUAAUGUCACGCAGCAGUUUCCGAAUUGUCCAAAGAUUCUUUCCCAUGCCGGUGGGACCUUGCCGUAUCUGAUCUCGCGACUGGCGGUCACUUCGAGAGAUACUAUGGAUCAGGUGGGGCCGUAUGGCAAGACAUACUAUGAGUUUAUGGCUGCCUUGCGCUCGUUUUACUUUGAUCUGGCGCUGUCGAGUGCUCCGGCUGUUUUGGAUCUGUUGUUGGAUUUGGUGCCGCGGGAUCGGAUUUUGUAUGGGUCGGACUUUCCGAAUGCGCCGGAGAUUAAAGUGACGGGGUACCGUGAGAAUCUGGAUGGCUAUCCGAUGGAUGAGGAGUUGAGAGAUAUGGUCUAUUUUGGGAAUGCGGAGAAGAUCCUGCCCUAA